UUGUGUAUUUCUGACCCGCUGUGAACCACUGGGUUCUCCCGAUACACGGCCAUAGGAUUCCGGAGAGUUCCUCAGCAGCAGGGCUCGCAAUGGUUCUACGGUAACCGGUAAUGGGAUCCGACAACUUGAGCAAAUGCUGUUAAAUCUGUUUUUUCCACAGAGAUCGGCGAUAUUAAGGGACACUUGGCCGUACUGACCGUAUGAAGAACGGACACAGAGGCUUUAUACCAACAUGCGACAGUUGACCACAAAAAACAAAAAAGUUUUAAUUGGUAAAUUUUGAUUUGUGAAAUAUCUGGAUAUUUUUGGCUGGCGUUUAAUGUAACGAGUUCUACAAUAUUGUAUAUAGUGGGAAUUUAGUAAGUUGGGUUCUUGAUUACGAUUGCUGGAAACAUUUGAGGUAAUUUAACGGAAAAGAGACAUAUUCAGCUGUGUCACAGUAUCCGCGGUCCUGUUGUGCUAUUAGACGGGGACGCCGCCAAAUCCGUGAUUUUUUUGUCCGUCUGCAACACAUUUGAAUGCAAUAACAAAGAUCUUGGAUGAGGAGAAAUGAGAUCUGUUGACGAGGGACAGGCAAUGUAGAUGAGGAUUUGUGGUAAUUAAUCGCUGGUAAUAUAUUGGUGGGGACCAAGAACCGCUGGCGGCCCACUUGGAGAGGUAUAGGCAAUCGGUCAUAGAAAUACCGUGCCAGACCAUUAAUCUAAAGUCUUCUACGAUUACCAUUUUACAAACAACGAAACAAGGCAAUUGUGGAGGCUUGACAUCCACGUUUUUUAUGGACAAACACAGCCCAAAAGUUCAAUAGACAACGAUCAGAUCGGAGGUGGGAAUGCGAUGUGGAUUUGUGCUUUAAGUCUGUUUUUUUAUGUGUUAGAACUUGCCACGGUGUAAUUAUUAAGGACUUUGACAGUAGGUGUUGUAGAUGAAGCAGUGAUGAAGACAAUACAAAACCAUUUCAACUGAAGUUAAAAAAACAUUUACAACUAUGUCGAUGAUCGCAACGAUCCUACCGAACAUUACAGAGACAGCCACAAAUGACUCGAGUGGAAACAAAGACAUUUCUUCAGACUUUGAAGAAGCAGCGACAUCUCUGCAAGUAACCCGGAUUAUUGUAAAACAGAUUCUGAUCCCUAUCAUAGCUUCAGCUGGAAUCAUAGGAAAUAUUUUAAAUAUUAUUGUAUUGCGCAACCGGAAGAUGCGCAGUUCAACAAACGUGUACCUCUCUGCUCUUGCUGUAUCUGACAUGCUGUACCUGAUUUUUACUUUCACUUUGUCUUUUGUUCAUUGCAACCUACCAGAGCAACCCGAAUCCGCCUUUUAUUUCAUACCCCGUGCUCGGGUUCUCUCGGACUUGUUCGGAAACACCGCCGUGUGGCUCACGGUUGCAUUCACCAUCGAGAGGUACAUCGGUGUCUGCCACCCUAUGAGGGGUAAGGUGUGGUGUACCGUGGGCAAAGCGAAGAUACUCUCACUCCUUGUUUUUGGGAUCUCCUUAGUGAAUACGUUUCCAGAAUUUUUCGAAAUGGAAAUCAUAGAAUCUCAUAGUAAUAAUACGACGACAUUUUCCUGCGAGCAGACGUCUUUCGGAAAGUCCGAGUCGUACUCAAUUGGAUACUACUGGUGGUUCGUCACCUUCUUCACGUUUGUGCCGUUCGUCUUUCUUUUUGUAUUCAACAGUGUGUUAAUCAAAUCUGUUUGGCAAGCCAACAAACGUAGGAACGAGUUGUCUAAUUUCUCGGUGGUGGGAGAAAAUUCCCGCCAACAAAGCGAGCAACAUAAAGUCACGACGAUGCUAAUAACGGUGGUGCUCAUCUUCCUACUGUGCCAGCUACCCUGGACCGUCCUACUGAUGUACAGGACGUAUCUAGACGCCAACAAUUUGUAUAGGUCUCAAAUGACUUUCAUCUUGAUAUCUGGAAAUAUAUGUAACCUGUUAGUGAUUAUGAACGCAUCAGGAAACUUCCUGCUUUACUCUUAUUUUAGCAGUAGAUUUCGCAGGACAUUCACUAAAGUGUUUUGUGGUUGGCGUAAAAUUCGGAAGACUGCACGUGGCUCCAGCAGCAGAAUGUGGCGAUCUUCGAGGUACGCCAGUAGUACAACCACUACUACGUCAUCAUGCAGAUCAAAACGAGACACACUGUCAGAGUCAAGCAAACGUUUGAAGUUGACGACCGAGUGAUGUAAUUGUACUAGUGUAUAACAUGUUUAGAGAAAGAUAAGUAAGACAAAUAUAACAAGUUAAACAUUUGAACAUGUGUUAAAUAUAUAACUCGGUAAAUUGUGACAAGGAAGCCCUAAAGAAGAUAAAAACAUGCUUAAAUGACGUCAUCUUUUGUUUGAGGGGGUCAAGAAAACAUUUUGAUUAUAUCUUGAUAUUAUAUGAAACACCAUAUUAAAUUACAUUGUAUUUACCAAUACACAGCUUAACUGGUAAGAAAAGAUAUGCCCCACCCACGCUCCAAAAUUUCCGUCACUUUGGCAAUUUUUAUUCUUAAUUGAUAACUGUUAAUUAAGUACAAAUGAAAUUGAUGAAAAGGGGUAGAGUCCAGGACUUCUUUAUUGAUAAUCGUCUGUUUUUUACCUGAGAAACUCGCAUGACCGAAAAACAACUCCUAUGGGGAUUUGUAAUGGGACACAUUAUAACAUCUUCCCAUUCGAAAUUAUCGGGACGCCUCCCACAUUUUUAAUGUUAUCAUACGCCUGGUGGCUUUCAGGCUGUUUCAGGCAUUGCAAAAAUCCUGUAGACCUUUUAUUUUUUGACCGUGUAUUGAAAAAUGAAAAGCUAGAUGGGACGUUUCAAAGGGGAUAUGCAUACUAUUUAAUAAACAUCGUUUGUAACCUGGAUUUAUUUAUAACUAUCAAAUAUUUC